CACAGGACAUGCUAUUGAUAUCUCUAUUUGGAAAGACGUGUUGAUUAGGUAUAUAUCUUCUCAAAGUAGUUUCUGCUGCGUUUACCAUUAUAAUCGUAAAGACAUUGAUAGUCACAGAAAGGAAGCAAGAAGCAUGAGUAAUGCUCGUGAAAUAUUUCAAGUUGGUAAUUGUUAUGAAGAAGGAAACUUAUUUGCAGAACUCAUAAUUUAG